AAGUAUAAGUGUCAGUAAGAAAUUAAAAUUAAUUAUUUAAAGAAUUUAUAAAACAUUAAAUACGAUCCAGUGAUUAAAAAUUUUUCUCAACAUGGCAUUAAUUCCAAAAUAUUUCUUUGGAUUUGUUUUACUCUUUACAUGUGGUUACUUAAGUAGCUCAGUACUUUGUGAUACUUAUCACUACAUAUCCUUAUUGGAUAACGAAAACAAUAAAAUAUAUUUGACUGAAUUGAGUAAUGAAGCAAUGGAUUUAUUGGAAAAACGUUUUCCAGACAUCUCGAUUAAUCCGAAAUUCAAAAAGGCAUCACUUCAUGGUUCUAUCAGAAAAUGUGUCAAUGUCUUGGGCACUUUGGGAUAUCGUAUCUUUCAUUAUCCCACUCAACAAAAUCUACCUGAAUGGAUUUUGGAAAAAAGAAUUCCAUCUGAGAGUUCCUUAGUUGAUCCAGACAAUGAGAAUAAUGUCAAAGUACACGGAACAACAACAUAUAAACCACUAUGA